AUGACUGGCGGAGAACCUGAGAAGGGGGACAAGGUCACAUGGAGUUGGGGAGGAGGCGCUCCCGGUGGAAUAGUUGCCGAGAAGAAGACCGAGGGCGAGGUGGCAAUCAAGUCCAAGCGUGGCAACACGAUCAAGAGGAAGGCCGAACCUGGUAACCCAGCUGUGCAUAUCUCCCGUUCUGGGAAUGAUGUGGUGAAGAAGGCAUCCGAACUCAACGUUGAGAAGAAGGCGGGUGGCGGUAGUAAUGGACAUGGCACCAAGCGCAAGGCCAAAAGUCAGGAAUCUAAUAAUGUUGAGGAAGAAGAAGAUGGAGAUGAUGGUGAAAAUGAUGAAAACGAGGAUCCUCGUACGAAAAGCAAAAAAGGGAAGAAUGUAAAGAAGGAUGGCGAAGAAGUCACAAAGAAACAGAAGAGAUCUCAGGACGACGACGAGAGUACCGAGAAAGAGACUGAAGGGAAUGAAAAGAAUGACAGCAAUCAAGACGCUGAGGAGACGACGAAGCAAACCAAUGGUAACAUAUCGUCGAGUAAGAAACAAAAAGGCGGCGAUAAUAAGAAAGCAGUUAUUAAGGCCAAGGACAACGCUAAGUCAACUUCAGAAUCGGACAACCUCAAAUCUACAUCGAAUUCUGACAGGAAAGUCAAGGGGAAACCUGCCGAUCGGCAAAAUGGCAAUCGGGAGCACCAGUAG